GCGGUCCGGGCUCGGGCUCCGGCUCCUCCUCCCGGCGCUGCGCGGCUGGCGGCGGGGAAGCGUGAGGCUCCCCUCAGGCUGCGCCUCCCCUCAGGCCGCGGCGGGACCCCGGGCCCGCGCCAGGCCGUGCCGUGCCGUGCCCCGGGCGUCGUGAGGGGAAGAUGGCCUCUCGGAGGAUCACCCGCGAGACGUUCGAGGCCGUGGUGCAGGACAAAGUUAAACGGUACCGCAUGGAGCGGAGCGAUGCCGCGGGGGGCUCCAUCCAUCAUUUCAAAGCUCACUCCAGGCCGCUGCCCCGGCCCCGCUUCCACGGCGACGGGAGGUUCCCUCACGCCAACUCCCAGCACGAGGACUGGAGCGAGGAUCCCAGGGAAGAUUAUCCCAGGGAAGAUUAUCCCGGGGAAAACUAUCCCGGCCCUUCCUACAGACCCGCCAGCCCCCUGCUCCGCAAGGAGAAUUAUUUCCACGAACAAUUCGCCCGCCCCGCGCCCCGGGAGCGGGAAUUCGGCCGGGAUUACGGGCGCCCCGCUCCCCAAAACCGGGAAUUUGGGCGUGCAGCUGCCCCAAACAGGGAAUACGGGCACCACCCCGCUCCUCACAACCGGGAGUACGGACAGCAGAACCGGGAAUACGGGCGGGAGAGGGAUUACGGGCAGGAUUACGGCCCCUCGGAUUCCUGGGAAGGCAGCGGGCCGCACGAAGCCGAGUUUGGCUCCUCGGAUAUUUUAGGGGAUUUCAGGUCUCCCGGGCUGAUGGAGGAGGAGUACGGCGGCGUGGAGAAUCAGGAGUACGAGGCGGAGUUCGGGGCGCCGGACAGCGAGUUCCGGCCGCCGCUGCGCAGGGGAGCCGUGGGCAGGGGGAGAGUCCUGAGGGGGAAGCGCCUCACCAGGGGGGUGGUUAAACCCAAAGUGUUCAAAGGAGACGUCAAAAGCCCCCUGAAGAAGUGGAACGUGAAGAAACCGGGCCUGGAUCCCAAAGCUCUGGAUCAGCCUCUGGAAGUCGCCGAGCGCCCCAACCAGAGGCCGGUGCCCCUCCAGCAGCGCCCCAACCCCAAGCUGCCCCCACACCCUCUGGCAGCCCAGAGACCCAUCCUCAGGCUGCCAAAACCCGCCCACGUCUUCAGGAACCUCAACUUUGACCUGGUGGAUAAAUCUGACAUUUUCUCCACCUUCGGCAUCGAGAUCAUCAAGUGGGCCGGGUUCCACGCCGUCAAGAACGACGCCGAGUUCUCGCGGCUCUUUGGGGCCCUCUUCGAGCUGGAGACUGAGACCUGUGCCAAAAUGCUGGCCUCCUUCAAGUGCUCCCUGAGGCCAGAGCACAGAGAUUAUUGCUUCUUCACCAUCAAGAGCUUGCAGCACGCCGCCCUGAAAACCCCCAAGGUGGACAACGAGUUUUUGAACAUGCUGCUGGACAAGGGGGCGGUGAAAACCAAGAAUUGCUUCUUCGAGAUCAUCAAACCUUUCGAUAAAUACAUCAUGAGGCUCCAGGACCGCCUCCUCAAGGGGGUGACGCCGCUGCUGAUGGCCUGCAACGCCUACGAGCUGAGCAUUAAAACCAACGGCUUCGGCAAUCCCAGGGAAAUGGCCAACGCCUUCGAGACCACCGUGUCCCUCUGCCGAAAAUCCCUGGCUCUGCUGGGCCAGACCUUUGCUCUGGCCUCUGUUUUCAGGCAGGAGAAAAUCCUGGAGGCUGUGGGGCUCCAGGAGAUGGCUCCGGCGCCGACGUCCUUCCCGAAUUUCGAUGAUUCCACGCUGUUUGGGAGGGAGUACAUUGAGAAUUUGAAGGCUUGGCUGGAGAAGAGCGGAUACCCCAUCCAGAUGAAGAGAGCGGAGGCGGAAUCCACGGAGCAGCUCAAAGCAGCCUCGCCCGACACCAAAGCCCCCCAGCGAGCUGACAGGAAAGUUUUGGACACAAUUGAGCAGCUGGUGACCAGCAUCGUGUCAGGAACUUUAUCUGCCAAAGACAGGAACGCCCAGAAGAACUCUCCCGAAUUUUGGUUCCUGUCCGACGAGGAGAGCCUGGAGUACAAAUAUUACAGGCUGAGGCUGUCAGAGGUGCAGAGGAGGAGCCUGGCUGGGGAAGGAGCUGCCCCAGAGUCCCUCCGGGCCAUGCUUUAUGCCAGGAGAGUCGCCAGCAUCAAAAGGAAGCUUUUCAAAAGGAAAAAAAAACCUGGAAUUCUCCCUCUCCGCGCCAGCAGAGCCAGGAAGGCGAGGAGAACAACCACAGGCACUCAGACUGUGCUGUCAGCUGGGACAGUGCUGAAGCACCAGGACAAAAACCUCCCAGAUUCAGGGCAGGGGAAGAUUUCCCUGGCAGAUCCCCAGCAGAUCCCUGCCCUGGACAUCACCUCGGCCGCCCCAGGCGCCAGCAGCUCCGAGAUCCCGGUGCCUGCGGAGCAAAAAACACAUCCCGAGGAGUUCUCAGCAUCCCCAGAGCUUCUCCCAGCCCUGGGCUCUCAGUUCCCUGAUGAAUUCAUUUCUUUUUCAUUUCCAACCUUUCCUCACCCCAGGUUCCUCCAGGACCAAAGCAGCUCCGCGUUCAGGUUUUACCGGAUGAAGGUUUACGAGCUCUGCCCCUCCAUCAGCUUCAGCCCCGAGGCCUCAGACAGCACCAAAACCACCCCAAAACCCCUGGAGAUCUCCGAAGACGAGGAAGAAGAAGAGGAAGAAGAAGAAGAAGAAGAGGAUGAAGCUGAGUUUGAAACCUCCCAACCUCUGGGGGACGAGGAGGAGGAGGAGGAUGAGGAUGAGGAGGACGUGGCAGCAGGUAGAAGGGUGACAAACCUAGAGGAAGAUUUGCUUUCCAGAGCAGGAGAGGAGAUUUCAGGAGGUGAAAUGCAGCUCUCCAGCCCCUCUGAUGCUGCUGUCCCAAAUCUGUCGACACAGGCACCGAACCCGGCCCCCGGCGCGCGAUUCCCCCGCAAAAGAGUCAGCAGCAAGUCCCUGAAAGUGGGGAUGAUCCCGGCUUCCAAAAGGAUCUGCCUGAUAGAGGAGCCCAAAGUGCAUGAACCUGUCAGGAUUGCUUAUGACAGACCUCGGGGCUGCCCUGUCACAAAGAAGAAAAAGGUAAAAAAUUCACAUUUCUGCCAUAAAAAUCAAAUUACAAAUGAGAUAUUUUUGGGGAAAAAAAAUUCUGACUUUUCAAGAAAUCAGGUUUUUUAUUUUUUUUAA